AUGAAGAAGGAAUUGGGAACUUCAGAUGCAGGCUCUCGGAACAGAAUCAAUGGGUUUAGCAAAGACAAUUAUGGCACCUUCUUUGGUCCUCGAUACCCUUCAAUUUCUCAGAGAGUGAUUCAAGAAAGCAAGUCCUUGUUGGAGAAUCCAGAUUUGGCAGCAAAGAUUAUGAAACCUAAUCGUGCUGUUAUGCAGAACAAGAGCUCUGUUGCAAAAUCAGUCUCGUCAAAAUCUCGGGACAACCAUCUGCCAAGAGUCACAAAUGGGUUAAAGAAAAAGGUUGAAAUUCUUAAAAACACAAGGGACUAUUCUUUUCUAUUAUCUGAUGACUCCGAGGUUCCAGCUGCCUCGAAGAGUCUUCCCCCGAAAACCGUAUCAGCCCCAAAGACUGAUGCACGGUCGGCCCAACAGCAGCCCAACAGGAGCAGCAAACAGGUGGCAAAUGAACGUGGUCGAGAACCCACCUCAAAUGAUCGUAACGUGAGGAGGCCAAUGCCUUCAAGCAUUCAAAACAAACCUAAAUUAGGGCAGGAGAAGACGAAAAUCCCUAUCAAGCCGGCGAUGGAUCCUCGGAAGCAGCUAGGGAGCAAUAAUGGCAGUGGGCCUGGUCGGCCUGUUGGGCCCAAAAGCAUGUCUUCUAGCUCUGCGCCUAUCAGCACUAGCAAGGCAACCCCAGCUAUUGCAAAACAUACAAUGGCUGGUGGUGUGCGUAAGCCAGCACCUUCUUCGGUGCAAUCUGCCAUUCGUAAACCCAUGCCUUCGAAUAUGCAAUCUGGGAUUCAUAAAUCGGCUCCUCCCUCACGGGCUCAACCUUCGUUAGUUGUGAGAAAACCAUCUGUACAGCAAAAGGAAUCUCUAGGAUCUAGCAAGCCGAAGCAAGCAGUCUCUUCCUCCUCUAGAGAUCAGUUGAGACGACCACCUCCCAAGGCGCCUGCUUCUCAUCGUUUAGCAGAUGAAAGGCCUAAGGCAAAAUAUAAGAGGCCGCUCGACGAUGAUGUUGAUGAUCCAUCUGCUAUUAGUAGUAUGAUCAGAUCAAUGUUUAGGUAUAAUCCAAACAAUUUCAGUGAUGACGAUGAUGAUAGGGACAUGGAGGCCAAUUUUGAAGAUAUUGUAAGGGAGGAGAAACGCAGUGCAAAAAUCGCUCGAGAAGAGGACGAACGAGAGCUCCGGCUUGAGGAAGAGGAAAGGAGGAGGAGGUUGGCUAAGAAGCGCAAGCUGGGCCAUUAG